AUGAGUUUUCGUAGAGGUGGUCGUGGUGGUGGUAAUGCAGGCGGUAACAGUUUUCUAAGUAACUUACCAUUUGGAUUAGGAUAUGGAGAUGUUGGUAAAAAUGAUUCGACAGAAAAUCCUGUAGUCCCAUUGCCUGUAAAUAAUCCAAUUACCUCUAAGGAAAGAUCCAUUGCAGUUUCUUAUAUUAAAUUUGUGGAGAAUGUUAGAGAAGGACCAUUUUAUACCAGUUCUAUAAGUAUAUCAAUAAUGGAUAAAAAAGACAAGAAAAAUGAAGAAAAAAAAGAUCAUGAUAUUGUAGAGGAAGGCAGUAUUAAUGACGGGAUUGAAAGAUACUCUGAUAAAUAUUUGAAAAAGAGAAAAAUUGGGGCAUCAAUCGAUGAUCAUCCCUAUUAUUUACCUGUUUUUCCCAAAGAACUAUAUCAGGUUAUGGGUAUUAAUAAGAAAAAAUUAUUAUCUUUAUCGAACUUGAAUAAAAAAGAUGAUAUAUACACUGGUAAAGGUGACUCUGAGGAUGUUGGUCUUUCCAUGCUAGAAAAAUUAAAAGAAUUAGCCGAAGAUGAUGACGAUGAAAAGUCAAGUAAUAAACAGAAUGCAGAGGCUGAAGAAGAUUUUGAUGAAGAUUUUGAAGAAGAUGAAGAUGGUGAUGAUGAUUAUAAUGCUGAAAAAUAUUUUGAUGAUGGUGAUGAAGAUGAUUAUGGUGAUGAAGAGUUCGAAAAUGCUUUCUGA